AUGGUCUCACGUUCAUUCAUCACGGCGCUUGCCCUCCUGGGCGGUGUCGAGGCACACACUCGCAUGGUCGAGAUUUUCCGCAACGGAGAGGGACAGGGCGAGGCAGCAGGCAUCCGCAUGGACCUCAACGGCGACACCACGACGGGACCCAUCACCGACGUCACUUCCACCGACAUGGCCUGCGGAAGGAACGGAGAGACGUCUGUCGGCCGGACAGUCAAGCUCUCGGCUGGCGACGGCAUCGUCAUGAACCACCGCUCCUGGGCCGACGGCGCCCAGCCCGGCGUCAUUGACAGCAACCACAAGGGAUCCACCGCCGUCUACCUGAAGAAGGUCGCCGAUGCUGGCGCCACGGACCCCUGGGCCAACUCGGCGUCCGGAGAGGGCUGGUUCAAGAUCUCAUGGAACGGACUUGACACGGCGACCAGCAAGUGGGGAGUCGACGUGAUGAUCGAGAACGGCGGGUACACGGGGGCCAUCCUCCCCUCCGACCUGAGCAAGGGCUACUACCUGGUCCGCGACGAGGUCCUCGGCCUGCAGAACCGCGACGGCGGCAGCAUCGUGCCCCAGUUCUUCGUCGGGUGCGCCCAGGCCUACAUCUCAGGAGGCACCGGCGGCGAGACGCCCAAGACCGUCUCCAUCCCGGGCCACGUCGAGGCCUCCAGCCCGUCCCUCACCUACGACAUCUACCAGACCCCGUGGGGCGAGUUCCCCGAGUUCGGCCCGGAGGUGUACUCAAGCAUCGUGUCGACCUCGGCCCUCAAGCUGAGCCAGCUGAGCGCCAACACCGCCAACGUGGUCGGCAACUGCCCCUCCGACACGGUCCUGACCGUCGGCAACAAGUGCUUUACCGAGCUUGCCUCGUGGUCCGACGACACGGCCGGCGCGCUGCCCAAGUGCUGGGCCGCCAGCGCCGCCUGCUGGGAGAAGAACACCGACUGCUGGGACGGCGUCGAGCCCGUCAUCAACGGCAACGACAAGAGCAAGGGCUGCUCCCUGUGGGAGGCAAAGUGCAACGCCCUCGACGCCUGGUGCGAGGCCGGGAACACCAGCGGCCCGCCCGACGCCGGCAAGGUCAUCUCCGAGCCGCUGGACCUCAGUGGCCUGUAA